GUGUCACCUCCAUUCCCAUUGUGCGUCUUACAGCUGGAAGCCAGCAGGUUGUGGGACACUGAGGAAGAUGAAGAUGAAGGCGGUGGUUGUGACAGUGCUGCUGGCUGCCGCCCUCUCCUACUACAUCUACACCCCGCUGCCUGAUGGCAUCCAGGAGCCCUUCAAGCUGAUGGUUGUGGAUGCUUCCUUCAGGACUGCCAUAAACCUGGCUGCAUUGAAAUACUGGCUCGGUCUCGACCAUUACAUCACAUCAUUCAGGCAGACGUUGGAGGGCUUCGACUCAACAAUAUCGGCACUGCUGGGUUCCACAUCUCCUGCAGGGGUGGUCCCAGGAGUGAAGGUGAGCGACAUCACCUUCGCCGGUGUCCCAGUGAGAGUUUACGAGCCGCCAGCUGGAGGAGAGGGUCACCUGAGGAGAGGCUUGAUGUAUUUCCACGGAGGUGGCUGGGCCUUCGGCAGUGGCAAGAUGGGUGCCUAUAAUAAAAUGACUCAGAUGAUUUCAGAUGAACUGAACACCGUUGUCGUCUCUGUUGAAUAUCGCCUGUUUCCAGAGGUGCACUUUCCUGAGCCGUUUUUAGACUGUCUUAGUGCUGCCAAACACUUCUUAUCUCAGGAGGUUCUGGCCAAAUACUCCAUCGACCCUGAGCGUGUUGCUGUGUCAGGAGACAGCGCUGGUGGAAACCUGGCCGCCGCUGUAGCUCAGGAGAUUUCUACAGAUGACAGCGUUUCUGUGAAAUUCAGCAUCCAGGCACUGAUUUACCCAGCCCUCCAGGCUUUGGAUUUCAACACACCUUCCUACGUGCAGAAUGAUAAUAUGGCCAUCCUCCCGAGGCGAGUCAUGGUCCAGUUCUGGCUGCAGUACCUUGGCGCUGACAUCUCCCUGCAGCCCCAGGUCAUAGCAAACAACCACAGCGCCCUGCAGCACUCGCCUCUCACCCCAGAGCUGAGGUCUCAGCUAGACUGGACCUCCCUCCUUGCUCAGAGGUUUAAGAAAAGCUUCAAGCCCGUCGUUGUGGAGAGAGAAUCCCAAGGGCUGCUGAAGAAGGUACCGGCGUUUCUGGAUGUGCGAUCAUCACCUCUUUUGGCCGGGGCGGAGGUGCUGGCUAAAUGUCCUCGUGCGUACAUCCUAACAUGCGAGUACGACGUGCUGAGGGACGACGGGCUGAUGUACGCCCGCCGUUUGCAAGACGCUGGCGUGUCUGUCUCCAGUGAUUACUAUGAGAACGGAUUCCAUGGAUGUUUGAGCUUCACAUCCUGGCCUUUGGGUUUUGAUGUAGGGAAGAGGGUACUGAGGGGCUACAUUAACUGGCUGCAGGAAAACUUGUAAGAAUUGGUUUAAACUUGCGUCAGACUUAAAGAAAUGCACUUGCCCUUUCGGUGAAAUGUGUCUUACUAAAGGGCUAUGUUGUUUUUUCUUUGUCCAAAGCUCUACAAUCUAAGCUCGGGGCCUCAGGGUGCAUGGAUAUCCACGCUCUAAAAAUGAUCUUUGAUAUUUUGCUACACAGACAGUAGGUACCAUCAGGACUCUCCCACUGUGACCAACUAAGCAAUGACUAAAGCACUUUUACAGAUGUAGUUGGUGCAAAAACAUUUAACAAAAAACUAAACAGAAGAUAAAUAAAAUACUUUCAGAUA